UCUAAGAAGCGUAGAACAUUGGAGAAAGGACCAGCUCACUCUUUCACCUUAAUCACCGACCGAUAGGGCCCAACAUCAUCCUCUGCAAAAGAUAUUUACACAUAUACUUCUUCCACACACACAACGAUAGUGUCUUUCUUAAGAGAAACACAAAACACACAGAAAACAAUCACAAACUCCAAUCUCUCUCCAAAUUUGGCUUUCAUAAAUGGCGAGACCUAAUCAAGAAGCAAUCCAAACCUUCAUGACCAUCACCGGCGUAUCUGAAUCGGUCGCGGUGCACAAAAUCGAGUUGAAGCAUUAUCCUUUGUUGAGGAAAGGGUGGUGGCAAUGGGAAUUUUCCUGCUUUGAACUUCUAUUGGGUGAGCCUCGUCACAAGUGUUUCUGAAUCGCAGACAGGAGCAUGGUGGCGAUCUCAAUGAAGCUGUUAAUGCACAUUUCAGUGAAGGAGAUGGAAACAUCACGCAUGAAGCAGCAGCUGCUUCUCAGAACGACAUGAUGGACAUAGAUGAUCCAAUCCCCGUUGACUUUCGCAGACCUCCUUUCUCACUUUUAUCUAGUGGUGGAUAUAUGAAUCCAUUCUCUCUCAUUGAUCCUAACUUUGGUAGAAGUCUGUUUGACAGUGGUCCCGAUUUUGCAAGUCGUGCACCAUUUGUUUCACAUCCACGAGAAGUGAGGGAGAUUCCCAUUGAGGUCAAGGAUGGGAGUGAGCAAUCGGGUCAUCAUGGCAUCGCUCCUACCAUUGAGGAUGUCACUGGAACUGCAAACACACAUGACCCAGAAAUCCAUGGGACUGUCACGUUUGAUGAUGACGACGAUAAAGAUAUUUCAACUACACAUGCUGCCAUACAGAUUGAACGAAAAGAUGAUGUAUUGGUUGGUAACUCUCAUGGAAUGCAUCCUAGUCCAAGUGUUCCUGGAAUUGAUGAUUUACCUGACUACAUCAAUAAGAUAGAAGAAGAAAUGAUUCAAGCUGCCAUUGAGGCUUCAAAACGGGAUGCUGAAAAAGGUUAUUUAAAUCAACAUUUCGGUGCUCGUAAUGACUUAAGUAAUUCUGGGGCCCAGCAGAGGCAAUCUCACCAAAAGGAUGCUGAACUUGUGCAAGCAGUUUCAUUGUCCUCAAAGGGAACAGAACAAGGGACUGUGUUUCAAGAGCUGGGGGUAAAAGUUGGAGCAUCAGAACAGGAAGCUUACAAGUUUGCUGAGGUGGGAGAGCUGGGGAAACUAACACCAUCAAAUGGAAGGCAAUCUAGGUUGGAGGUGGGUAGCUCAUCCAUCCAGGAUGACACCGAAGAUGUGGAAGAGCAGCCACUAGUUAGGCACAGGAAUAGACAUAUGUCUUCUGACUCUGUUGAAUCUGCAAGAGACAUAGAAGAAAUUGAGGCUAGCGCACCAUCAAGUCCUGGACCGGAAAAUAAUAUUGAUCGUCCACCACAUAAUGGAAAUGGCUUUCCUUCUGAUGAGUGGGGAGGCAUCUCUUCUGAGGAACAUGAUGAAGCAGUUAUGCUUGAGGCUGCACUCUUUGGUGGAAUUCCUGAAGGGGGUGGAUAUCAUUUUGCACAUGCACCUCAUCAAUUUAUGCAGAAUGGUUUAGAUAGAACCUGGGGUCCCUAUUCCAGGCGUAUACCUCGGCCCCCCUCACCUGGUGUUGCUGCUCAGCGCUUAUUACGGGAACAACAGGAUGAUGAAUAUCUUGCAUCACUGCAAGCUGAUAGAGAAAAAGAACUGAGGGUAAUGGAAGAAGCUGAAGCCCGUCAUUUAGAAGAGCAAGCAGCUAGAGAAGCUGCUCUUGAAGAACAAAGGCAAAAGGAGGAAGAGUCAUGUAGAAAAAUUGAAGAGGAGCAGAAGGUUGAGAGACAACUAGUGGAAAAAGAAGCUUCGCUUCCUCGGGUACCAAAAUCAGAUGAUGAGAAUGCUGUGACUCUUCUAGUGCGGAUGCCAGAUGGUAGUCGUCGUUGUCGUCGUUUUUUUAAGUCUGAUAAACUACAGGCCCUUUUUGACUUCAUUGAUGUCGGUAGAGGGGUCAAGCCUGGGAAUUACAGAUUGGUAAGGCCAUUCCCUCGGCAUGCUUUUAGUGAUGGAGAGAGUGCCUUAACUCUUAAUGAACUAGGCCUGACCAGCAAGCAGGAAGCACUGUUUCUGGAAUUGAUUUAGCAUCAUGUCUCUUGUAUAAACUGUAAAAAUGUCUAAAAUUUAGUUAAAACACAAUUAAUACGGAGUAUAUCAAAUGUUAUGAUAUUUGUUUGGUUUGCAAUAUUUGGUUGGAAUUGGAGGUGACAGUUGAUCCAACAGAAAGAGCAGACUGAUCUUCACCGGGAUUUAUUUCAUUCCCGUCUCUUAGUGGCUUUUACAGAGUGAUUUUGUAAAUUUAUAUAAAGGCUUUGUUGCGGUAAAGAAUUUCUUCUUAA